CUCGAAUCCCUCACUCUGGACCCUGAUUUUACAGGAUUGACAGCUAUCUGCAUGGGGAUCCACUGUUUUGUCCGAUAAUACCUGCAUAUCUUAUUCCCAGUGCACGCACACCCCACUUCAACCGGACCGAAUCCAGUUAGAGCGGCGUGAAGCUCAUAUUACCCCUACGCUUCUCCUAGGCGCGUUCACUUUCACGCCCCUCCUCAAACACAUUCAAUUCCUAUCUGUACAUAUUAACAUACCGUACACACAAUGUCGGCGCCUACGUAUGCCACGAGUGAAAUGCCAUCGCGCACAUCCACCAAUCGCUCUGGCGACGAUGAUGCCAUUCCAGGAGAAGACACCUCGGAGGUUACCAGGCUCUUUGCAGAGCGGUUACAAGCUUGGAAACACGCAGUUGGCUACCUUGAAGACUACAUUACCGCGACCGAAAAGACCAACCACGCACACGGCAAAGAGUAUGAGCGGGUUUUGAAGACCGUGAAAGAUCCACUGAAGGAGGGCCACCACUUUGACCAGUCGCUUGGUGGUGUUGCAGGCAUGUUUGAAAACAUCCGAUCAAACACCCAGGGAAUCUCCAACCAACACUACGAGACAGCUAAGCAACUCAAGAGUACCAUCCUCCCUAUCUUCGAGCGUCUACACACCGAAAUCAAGAACAAGAGUAAGGAGCUUACAAAAGGCGCUGGCAAAGGCAGCAAGGCAGUCGACAAGGCACGCUUGCUCACUCAAAAGCACAUUGAGCUUCUUGGACAACAUGCUGCCGCAUUUGACUCGCAUAGUGGCAGUCAUAUGAAGGCUACUGACGACCCCUACAUCCUAAAACGUGGGAUCAACCACCGUCUGUACAAGCAGGUCCAAGAAGAAAACAACAACCGACAAGACCUUAUCGCUGUGCAAAACUCUUUCGCACAGUUUGAGGCCCACAUUAUCCAGGAGAUUCAACAUGGCAUGGGUCAAUUCCUGCAAGUCGUCACCACGCAGGCCGAGCACACUAAAGCGGCGUACGGAGACAUGGUUGGCACGUCUCAGCGCAUUCCUCUAGACUUUGAGUGGAACGGCUUCAUCCAGCGCAACAAUAACGUUCUCAUCGACCCCUCUGCUCCUGCACGAACUCUGGCAGAUAUCACCUUCCCCAAUCAACACCACAGCGCGACUCAGCCUCUAAUUUCAGGCUCGCUCGAAAAGAGGGGCAAGAUUAUGCGUUCUUAUGACACAAACUACUACGUUGUGACGCCAUCCAAGUUCCUGCACGAGUUCAGGACAGACGAUGACUUUGCCAAGGACCCCGCUCCAGAGCUGUCUCUAUAUCUUCCCGACUGCGUUGUUGGUGCAGUCAACGGCCAGAAGUUCAAUGUAAAGGGCAAAGAUGUGUCCAAGGGCAAAAUUGGUGGUGCCUUCUCCAUGACGCACGAGGUGGCAUUCAAGGCGCACACACCACAGGCUGCGCAGCAAUGGUGGGAGGUAAUUCGCCAGGCUGCGGGCACGGUUACUGCCGAGGCACCUGAUGCCAGCGUACCUACAAGCCCCAUUUCACCAGUCGACAAGCAACCUGCUCCCCUUCAGACACAGGGACUGGAAAAGACUGGAUCCACUCCGGGCUCUGCUGUGCCUGCUAGCGCCACGACUCCCGCGCCCGCUGAGACGGUCAAGAACUAGAUGGGUAACUGGUGUCGUGUCAGAGGGCUGAACAGGCUCCUGGAAAGAUAAUAGGUUGAAUGUUGCUUGUUGAUAUGUUGGCUUUUAUUGCGUAUACACAUACCCCCUUAUACACAGAUGCAGUUGUGCUAUAUCCCUAUCCCUAAUUAUGCCAAUACGCUUUUUACGUAUCAAUGAAUAUCUCAGUUGAAACAUCAAUCCCACAUUUGCCGUACAUUUAGAUUGACUCUCUUGUUCGCCAUCCACCCAGCCCAGUCUUGAUACUGUCCAAUCUGCUCGCCUUCUUCUUGUGCAGUACUACUAGGCCACGAUUUUAAAUAAUCAGGACACGUCCCCGCCACAAUCUGUGGAACCCCAUG